AUGGUUGCCAAGAUCGCCGUCGUCGUCUGGUCGCUCUACGGCCACGUCGCCAAGCUGACCGAGUCGGUCGUCGAGGGCCUCAAGAGCACCGGCGCCCAGGUCGACGUCUACCAGUUCUCCGAGACGCUCACCGACGAGAUCCUCACCAAGAUGCACGGCCAGAAGCAGAUCAUCAGCCACUACCCCGUCAUCACCCCAGCCAAGCUCGUCGAGUACGACGGCAUCAUGUUCGGCUUCCCCACCCGCUACGGCCGCGCCCCCUCGCAGGUCUCGGCCUUCUUUGACGCUACCGGCAGCCUCUGGGCCAAGGGCGAGCUGAUUGGCAAGUUCGGCGCCACCUUCACUUGCACUGCCUCGCAGCACGGCGGCAACGAGACCACCCACCUCACCACCCUCCCCUUCUUUGUCCACCACGGCAUCAACUACGUCCCCCUCGGCUACCGCGCCUUUGCCCUUCAGAGCGGCCUCGACGAGGUCCACGGCGCCUCGGCCUACGGCGCCGGCAGCAUCGCCGCCGGCGACGGCUCCCGCCAGGUCUCGGCCAACGAGCUCGCCAUCGCCAAGACCCAGGGCGAGAGCUUCGCGCAGGUCGUCAACACCUACGUCAAGGGCAAGUCGGCCUAA